UUGAUCCGUACCAUUUGGUUGCAUGGCUUCCAAACCUCGCACUGUAGAAGAGAUCUUCAAGGACUAUAGCGCCCGAAGAAUCGCUAUUAUUCGUGCACUCACUCAUGAUGUUGAUAAACUUUACGGGCUCUGUGAUCCAGGAAAGGAGAAUUUGUGCCUCUAUGGACAUCCGAAUAAGGCUUGGGAAGUAACUCUGCCAUCAGAGGAAGUUCCACCAGAGCUCCCUGAGCCAACUCUUGGAAUCAAUUUUGCUAGGGAUGAUGUGAGUCGCAGGGAUUGGAUUUCUUUGGUUGCUGUGCAUAGUGAUUCGUGGUUGCUUUCUGUGGCCUUUUACCUUGGAAUUCGUCUUAACCACAAUGAAAGAAAACGCUUAUUUGGUUUAAUCAACAUUCUUCCCACCAUUUUUCAAGUUGUGACCGACAAUAAACCAAUUAAGGACAAUCCUACUAUGGAUAGUGGAAGCAAAUUUUGGGGAAGCACUGAGGUAGCAGCAGUUCGAAAUGAGCAUAUUGAAAUAUUUUGUGGAAGUUGUGGUGGAAAUUACAACAAAGAUGAAUUUUGGAUCGGCUGUGAUAUUUGUGAGUGGUGGUACCAUGGAAAGUGUAUUAUGAUGACCCCUACAAAGGCUGAGACCCUAAAGCACUAUAAAUGUGCAUCAUGCAGCUUAAGGAGAGGCAGGUUAUAGACCGAAGGUAAUGGAAUGGAUUUAUUUGAGGCAAGACAAGAUCACAAGAUAUUGUAAUAUUGUUGUUACAUCACUUAUAAAAUUUCAUGUAACGGCAUAGUAUCCAUGUUUAUCUGCAAAUUUCUUUGGGAUUAAGUUUGUUUUCACAAAGAUGAUCAACCGUUAGCAUAUGUUAA